AGAGAAAAAGAGGGGAAGGUGUGAAGAAGGAAAGAGUUGUAUCAUGGCGAACAUUGACAUCGAGGGGAUUUUGAAGGAUCUUCCAAACGAUGGCCGUGUCCCGAAGACGAAGAUCGUAUGUACGCUUGGUCCGGCUUCUCGAUCUGUGCCUAUGAUCGAGAAACUUUUGAGAGCGGGAAUGAACGUGGCCAGGUUCAAUUUCUCUCAUGGUUCGCAUGAAUAUCAUCAAGAGACCUUGGACAAUCUGAAAACUGCCAUGCAGAACACCCAGAUCUUAUGUGCUGUGAUGCUUGAUACCAAGGGACCCGAAAUUCGAACUGGCUUUCUCAAGGAUGGUAAUCCUAUCAAACUUACAGAGGGUCAGGAAAUCACUGUGACUACUGAUUACAGCAUCAAGGGUGACCAGGAGAUGAUCUCUAUGAGUUACAAAAAGCUUCCAGUAGACUUGGAGCCUGGGAAUACCGUUUUAUGUGCAGAUGGCACUAUCACACUCACUGUCUUGUCUUGUGAUCCGGGUGCUGGGACUGUGAAAUGCCGCUGCGAGAACACUGCUACCCUAGGCGAGAGGAAAAAUGUCAAUCUCCCUGGUGUAGUGGUGGAUCUUCCAACGCUUACAGAGAAGGAUAAGGAAGACAUAUUGGAAUGGGGUGUUCCCAACAACAUAGAUAUGAUUGCUUUAUCAUUUGUUCGCAAAGGUUCAGAUCUUGUCAAUGUCCGACAAGUUCUUGGACCUCAUGCCAAGCGUAUUCAGUUGAUGUCGAAGGUAGAGAAUCAGGAGGGAGUAAUAAACUUUGACGAGAUCCUCCGUGAGACUGAUGCAUUCAUGGUUGCCCGUGGGGAUCUUGGAAUGGAAAUCCCAGUUGAGAAGAUCUUCCUUGCCCAGAAGAUGAUGAUCUACAAAUGCAACUUGGUGGGUAAGCCUGUGGUCACCGCCACCCAGAUGCUUGAAUCUAUGAUCAAGUCACCUCGGCCCACCCGUGCUGAGGCUACUGAUGUAGCCAAUGCUGUACUUGAUGGCACUGAUUGUGUCAUGCUAAGUGGUGAGAGUGCUGCUGGAGCUUACCCGGAGAUUGCAGUGAAGACCAUGGCCCGGAUAUGUAUUGAAGCUGAGUCCUCCCUUGACUAUGGAGCCAUCUUCAAGGAGAUGAUCAAGUCAACACCACUCCCCAUGAGCCCGUUGGAGAGUCUUGCCUCUUCUGCUGUCCGAACUGCCAACAAGGCUAAAGCUACCCUUAUUGUCGUGAUGACACGUGGUGGGACGACAGCCAAGCUAGUAGCGAAAUACAGACCAGCAGUCCCAAUCCUCUCGGUGGUGGUCCCUGUUCUUACAACUGAUUCAUUUGACUGGUCUGUUAGCGACGAGUCUCCAGCAAGACACAGUCUGAUCUACAGGGGCCUUAUCCCACUACUAGCUGAAGGGUCUGCCAAGGCCACGGAUGCAGAAUCAACUGAGGUGAUUCUGGAAGCUGCCCUUAAAGCUGCAACACAGAAGGGGCUUUGUAAGCCUGGUGAUGCUGUUGUGGCACUGCAUCGUAUAGGCGCAGCCUCGGUCAUAAAGAUCUGUCUGGUGAAGUAAAUGGAAUGUGAAGGAUGGUACUAUUAGCUUUAGAGGCUAAGUUUUAUUUC